GGGAAGCCUCGCACCGACGCUGAAUGAGAGGCGGGCUGCCAGCGCAAGCCUGCGUGGGUUUACUCGGAAGUAACGCCCAGUGGGUCCAACGGGGCUUACUCUCCGAAACUCCAUGGAAAUCGGGACCAAACAAAUGCUGGGGUCCAAAGAGUAAGGACUUCUCUGAUUUUGUUGAGCAAACAGGUGCACCCAGUCUGAGAUCACGGUUUUCCGCCCCACCUGCCGCCACUGCCUUUCAACCGAGCUGCAUCAUGGAUAGAUGAUCUUGGCCCCGUCCUCGCCAUGCUGCCGUUGCGUGGCCGCUACCUGCUGCUCUUCCUGGGAGUGCAGCUGGUGGUGAUGGCCCUGCUGUACCGUGAGGGUUACCGGAAACGGGUUGCCUAUUUCCUAGGCAUCUUCUACAAGGGGGGCACGUUGACCAUGCUGGCCAGCUUACACAACACCUCCCUGCCAGGGGACGUCUAUGCCAACCUCAGCCUGAUUGCCCGGUCCCCCUUGCCCCCAGAAGACCUUCCCUACUGCCCUGAGGCCUCUCCUUUUCUUGGAGGCCCCAUUCGGGUGACCUUCCCCCCAGGACUGUCGCUGGAAGAUAUUAUGCGGAAGAAUCCCUACGUGAGCAAAGGCGGGCGCUACCGGCCCCUAGACUGCGAUGCCACCCACAAAACAGCCAUCAUAAUCCCCCACCGCAAUCGGGAGCAGCACCUCAAGUACCUCCUCUACUACCUGCAUCCUUUCCUUCAGCGGCAGCAGCUCAGCUACGGCAUCUACAUCAUCCACCAGGCCGAGAACUAUACUUUUAACCGGGCCAAACUCUUGAAUGUGGGCUUCAAGGAGGCGAUGAAGGAUGAGGACUGGGAUUGUAUGUUCUUCCAUGACGUGGACCUCAUUCCUGAGGAUGAUCGCAACGUUUAUACCUGCGACCGUUUUCCUAAGCAUGUGGCUGUUGCCAUGGACAAGUUUGGCUACAAGCUUCCCUACAAGACCUACUUUGGAGGGGUUUCAGCACUCAGUCCGGAGCAAUACAUGAAGAUGAACGGUUUUCCUAACAGCUACUGGGGCUGGGGCGGUGAAGAUGAUGAUAUUGCAGUCCGGGUAGCACUGAGUGGGAUGGUUAUCUCUCGCCCAUCUAUUCAAUAUGGUCGCUACCGUAUGAUCAAGCAUGGACAUGACAAGGGCAAUGAGCAGAACCCCAAGAGAUUUAACUUGCUGGCCAAGACAAGGAGAACAUGGAAGCAGGAUGGUAUGAAUACGUUGGAAUAUCAGAUGCUCUCCAAGGAACUCCACCCCCUCUACACAAACAUCACAGUCUUCAUUGGCAGUGAGAAGGGAAUGCGCCAUUCCACGUGAUGGACUUGCUACACAGUAACAUGGGGACAGGAGCCCCACCCUGCCACUGUUCCUGGAUGGAGGAAACCAAAGAAUCCACAACGGGAUGUACAGCCCUGAGCGGUGUGGUUGUGUCAUGUGGUGACUGCAGUGUCCAGCAAGGUGCUAGGAAUAAAUGUGUUCUAGGGACGAAUGGGGACUUCACACACACCCUGGCAUUUUUAUCUCGGAGGCUGGGUGGGGUCUGACUUUCUGGGACUCGGCUUGUGGGAUGCCUUUCAUACCUUGGUUGGAGGAGCAGGGCUUGACUUGACCAGAGAAGCAGGACUGUCCUUUGCAGUCUGACCUUCUGCAGCUGCUGCACCAUGGUUUGUCUUUCUUAUUAAAGUGCAAUUUAUUUUAAA